GCCAUACCCGUUGGCAAUUGGACACCACCGGACAUCGAUUAUAAUGAACGUUUCACCUGGGAGGGUGCCACCGAUAUGAGUACCAAUUAUCGUGAGGCACUGAAGCGUGGCCUACCGUAUCCCAUCUUAACCGUUGCCGAAUAUUUCAGUCUCGGCCGUGAAGGCUUCUCAUGGGGUGGCCAGUAUCGUGCUGCCGGCUAUUUUGCCAGCAUUUUACUGUGGGCCUCCCUGGCCUCGUGGCUGAUGAUGAAUUUGCUGCUUAUCGCUGUGCCACGUUACGGUGCAUAUAUGAAGGCCCUGACCGGUGCACUUUUGAUAUGCACCAAUAUUGGCUAUUAUUGUCAAUUGCCAAAACGGCCAUUGACCAUAUAUAUGGAGGGUGGACGAUUGGAAUUUCAUUUGGGCUGGUGUUAUUGGUUGCUAUUGGUAGCAGGCAUCCUCUGCUUUGUGGCUGGUGUUCUAAUAUCCAUUAUCGAUUUGGUUUGGCCACACACCUUCUCCACCGUUCUCGAGGUAUACUAUGGUACACCAUAUGACCGACAUGUCAUUCUGGAGGAAUCCAGCGAUGUGCGUUAUCGUAAACGUACCAGUCGCAGUUUAGAAGAUCCACCCGGUUUGGGUUCACGUAUUCUGCGACGUCUCUCCUCAAAGGCUCGGGAUAAUUCUAUGCCGCAGACACAUCGUGGCAAUACAAGUAUGAAUGCUAUGUCAUCACAUAUGAGUGGUGGUGUGGAUAAUAAAGCCUAUCAAAGUGAUGUGCCAAAAAGUCCAUGGCGUUAUCCAUUCCGUAGGGCUCAACAGAUACAAGCGCACCCUAUGCAUAUGCAAAGGACUAUGUCUCAAGAUUCAAGUUCUUCGAUAGCAUCGGCAGCGGCAAUGCAGCAGAUAUCACCACUACAUAAACAUGCCUUGUCAAGAAUGUUACCAAAUCCUCCUAUAAAUCGCAUAAGGGACCUUGAACACUGGUGACCGGACUUGAAGGCUA